GACUUAAACAUUGCUUAUUCGAAUAAGACGAUCUUCGUCAAGACCGUCUUAAGUCCUUGCUUAAGUUGCGACUCUGAAUACGGCCCAUAGAGUCGGCUGUGAACUACUUCUAAUCUAGGGACUUUUACAUGUACGGACUGACUAAUGCCACAAAAAUUACGCCAGUAAGCACACGUGUGGACUACAAGCUCUAUCUACAGUGAAUAAUUGGAUUUUAUGUUGACGGUGAUGUUCGAUAGGAAAUAAGACGCUGACCGCGAAAUGUGAAAUGCAUUUAUUUCUAAGUAACGAGAAACGCCGUGAAAAUCUUAUUUUACGUGUAUCACGGUAUUUAAGAUAACAAUGAGCUGGGAAAUUAGCUGUGCCGAUAUGUGUCGUGCAUGCAUGAAAGUUGACGGCGUUCUUCUUCCGAUGUACGAUGACGACACGAUUAGACAGAAAAAUUUACCUGACAAACUUGCUGAACUUGCUUCUAUACAAAUUGAUAGAUUUGAUGGCUUACCAAACAUGCUUUGUGCAAAAUGUGCUUAUCGCACUGAUGCAUUUUACGAUUUUAAGCUACAAGUUCAAGCUACUGAAAGAAAACUUCGUAAGAUGUUUGAAACACAAAUUCGUUGUGUUGUGAAGGAAGAAGCAAUGGGCAACGAUUUCGAACAAGAUUGCGCGGAACAGUCAAACGAAUCACUGGUGGUAAAAUUGUUAGAUGAUAAGCAUAAAGACGUUAAGGAAGCGUGUAAUACAGUCGAUUCGGAUGAAUUUUUAGUCGAAGAAAUUAGCGCGGGUGUUAAGGACGAACAGGCAUUAGAGCUGGACGUGGUUCAACUGGUAGAAGAAAAUGCAGAAUUUAAUAAAACUGAAAUGUCUGAACUAAGAGGCAUCAUAAUUUCAAAGUUGUCGGGGGCGGAAGUGGAUCAAGAUAAGAGAUUAAAUAACGAAAUACCCGAGGAGAUUUCGAAAAUCUUAGAGUCCCAACAAUUAGAUUAUACGAUAAUGUAUAUACCUGAGGAAGAGGUAUCUUUAGAGCACAUUAGUGCCGAGAAUGUGCUUUCUUGCGAUUCCACCAUCAAAUUAGAUGAUAAUAAAAAGGUUAUCGAGUCGGAGUGUAACGGCGAUAGUUUACACGAAUCGACGAACAACGAAGAGUUUCUCAUAACCGUGUGCGACGAUAAAAUUGAGGGUAGGCAAGCGAAUCACGAGGUUGAAGUGACCUGGAAAUCUACGAUUCCGGAAGAAAGAGUAAACGGUAGAAACGCGCAAAAAGUUUCGCUGGACUUGAACCAGCAACAAGCGGAAGGGAGCGGUGAGUCGGACUCGGAUUACUUCGUUGACCCAAAAGACAAUAUAUUGGGUAGCUUAAACGACACGAUCACGAGAAUAAAAGAGAUCAAGCUGGAGGACGAUAUGAUACAGUAUCAAUGCACGUUGUGUUUGCAAAAUUAUGAUAAGUUGACUGGCGUUUUGUUGCAUACCAUAGACAACCAUGUGCCAAGCAGUGGGCCAUUUUUUUGCGUGGUAUGUGAAAAGGACUGCGAAAGUCAUCGCGACCUGCGGGCGCACGUGAAGACACACACCGGUCAGUUUCCCUAUUCCUGCUUCAUAUGCAACAAAGCGUAUACUAUGAAGAGGUAUCUGAAGCGACACAUGGUGUGCCACACAAACUUCCUUAGGCACCGGUGUCCAAAGUGUGGUUCCAGGUUCAAGGUGAAGUCGGAGCUGGAGUCCCACAUCGCCACCCAUAUACGAGGAGCGCCAUAUGCUUGUAGCCAAUGUCCCCGUCUAUUCAAUCACAAAGGUAACUACAAGCGGCAUUUGAUCUCGCAUCUGGACCCGCAGGGUCUUCAUUUGCCUAAGUAUCCCUGCAAAGUGUGUGGGAAGAGGUUUCUUAAUAAUCGCACAUUGGAGACUCACAUGCGUGUCCACACGGGCGAAAAACCGUUCAAGUGUGACGUAUGCGGCAGGUCCUUCUCGCAGCAAGGGAACCUAUUGAAUCACGUAAGAAUUCAUUCGAAUCCGCGAAGCUAUACGUGCGAAGUUUGCGGAAAGCGCUUCAAUCAGAGGGCUACCCUGAGGGACCAUAGCCUGUUACACACUGGAGAGAAACCGUACGUUUGUAAUGUAUGUGGAAUAGCUUUUACGUUCAGCGCUGCAUUGAGGCGUCACAUGUGGACUCAUACCGGCGGGAAACCGUUCGCCUGUGAAACUUGUAGCGCGCGUUUCGUUGGCAAAUACGAUUUGCGACGACACAUGAGGAUACACACUGAUAAACCCAGGGCGAAACGAAGGAAAACAACGAUCAAAUCGAACGACGUCCAACAAGAGGUUAAAGAAGAAAGUAUUCCAGUUUCUGAACAUCCUGAUACAGAGACUAUUCUAAUCGAACAAGUCCUCCUUACUCAGGAUGUCACGCAAGUUGUACAGCAGCAGGAAUCUGAAAAAGAAAACGUCGAUGCGCUUUUUAAUCUAAUACAAUACGGUUAACCACUGCAUAAACUGUUUUCUUUGUACAUCUUUUUAAAGAAUAGGAUAUACAGCUUGUCGUGUACUUAUAGUCGAAUGAUUCUCCUCCUUUAUAAUUUUAUUCUCAUUUGUUUCGCCCUUUUUAUUAUUAGUUUUCUUUUUUUAAUGAAAAUAUUAUAUUAAUGUAUUUUCAAAUAAUACUGUAUAUUUUUAUCGUAUGAGUGUGCGUGUGUGUGUGUGUGUGUGUGUGCAGUGAAAGAUGUGUAAAUUUUAAGUAUAACACUGUCAGGUAACGGGUGUCAGGCUGGAGUAAGGAAAAAUGAACUUCGAUAGCAGUUGAGUAACUACAUGUCAGCACGACUUCGUUUGUAUUAGGAACGUUUUCCAAAAUCUAGGUGCUCAUUAUCACUUAUCUUUCAAAACUUAAUCAAGAACAUUUUAGAAUCUGAUUAUUGAUCAUAGAUCGUAAGCACUCAUAAUCAAAAUAAGAUUUAUGAUCAAUUAUUGCAGGUAUGACUAAACUGUAGCUUGCGAGCCACUUUUAACUACUAUCCCUACUUUCUCACUCCACUGAACCAUAGGGAAAUGCUCCUUACCAUAGCUACUACUUGUAUAUGUUACAGUUAAAGUAUAAAAUCCAGUUAAUGUAUACAUCCAAUAGUUAAUAUAUACUUCUACGUGAAUUCUUAGACAAAGUAUGAAUUGAAUAAUAAAAUGCACACUAUACCUAGUUAAAGUAUUCAAUUCCUAGAUAAUGUAUACAUUAAAGGCGCGGCGAGGCAUUAGUUACAGCGUGAAUGUGGUUUAAUAUUUUUCCAUGUGACAGCUAGGUAUACAAAUAUUUAUAAACAUCAUUUUAAUCUCAAAGUAUCAAAAUUACGCAUAUGUUUAAACAAAGAACAAAAUUUACUACUUUUAAAUUAAUUGAUUUAUAAAUUAAUGAUUUAUUAUUUA